UAAAAAAACAAAAAUAUUACCCACAAGAAAGAAAGGGUUUUCAAAUUCGAUCGGAGUUGGAGCUCGAGUUAUCUGUGACUGUAUUUCCAUGGCUUCCUACCAACAAGUAGGUCGAGCUUCUAGCUUUGAAUUUGCAUGGGUUUAUUCGAAGCUCCCCACAUCUCACAGCCUACCCCUUCUCAUUUCACUUCCAAAUUCAAGAACCCUAAUGGAAAAACCAUGGAAACUCAUGAAAUCCCCAUUUCCAUCGUCUUGUAGUCAAUCACCUCUGAAUGAUGACACCCAUUGGCCUCCACCACAAAACAGAGAAACUUUGGGCUCUAAUAGUUGUAGCAAUCCCCAUGGGAACAUACCAAGAAAGGAAAGAGUGUUUUUCUUGGACGUUAAUCCGUUGUGCUAUAAAGGGAGCACUCCUAGCCUGCGCUCUUUCGCUCAUUGGAUUUCCCUUUUCUUUUCCCGAGUCAGCCUCAACGAACCUGUCAUAGCUGUUCUUGAUGGGGAAAGAGGCAACGACUAUCGAAGGCAAUUAUUACCAUCGUAUAAAAUGAACAGAAGGAAAACCAAGCGAAGGUUACAUGCUGCUGAAAGUAUUCCAAGGAGAGGGCACCAUAAACAUGUCUUGGAUUUUCUCCACAAAUGCAAUGUUCCGGUUGUGAAGGUUGAUGAGCAUGAAGCAGAUGAUGUUGUUGCGUCACUUGUUCAGCAAGUUCUGGUAAAGGGGUAUCGAGCUGUAAUCGCUUCCCCUGACAAGGAUUUCAAGCAGCUGAUAUCAGAAGAUGUUCAGAUGGUUAUACCUGUUCAGGAGCUGGAUAGGUGGUCCUUUUACACCCUAAAACACUACAUAGCUCAGUACAACUGUGACCCCGAGUGUGAUUUGAGCUUAAGAUGCCUUUUAGGUGAUGAAAUAGAUGGUGUCCCCGGCAUCCAGCAUCUUGCCCCUGGUUUUGGUCGAAAGACUGCUUUGAAGCUCUUGAAGAAGCAUGGGUCUUUGGAAAACUUACUUAGUGCUGUCAGCGUGAGAACUGUUGGUAGACAAUAUGCACAGGAUGCCCUAACAAAACAUGCUGAUUUUCUGCGAAGAAAUUAUGAUGUUCUUUCAUUGAAGAGGGAUGUUAAUGUGCAGAUUGAGGAGCAGUGGCUAGCUAGAAGAGAUGGGAGGAAUGAUUCAGUAAUUCUAUCCAAUUUUAUGGACCUUUUGAGUAAAGCUCAGGAUCUCAAAUGCCUAUAGUUCUCAUUCAGAAGGUAAGAUGCAUUGAGCCGCCCAGUUUAGAUGAGUUUGUGUUUCCUUACAAAACUAAGAUGGGUUCUUGCGACAAACCUGGGACUAAUGAACUUCAGUUGCAACAAGGUUAAACACCAUUGACUAUGUGAAGCCGAGCAGCUGUCUGAAAAAUGGAAAUCCCGCUUUCAUAUAUGUUUUUUGAAAUAAUCUUUGUUCUUAUCAAGUUGCAGUGCACAAAUAACUUAAGAUCUCUGAAAAAGGAAUUGAGCGGUGAAGUUCCUUGAACUUGUUGUGGCAGCAGCCGCCAAAGAAGAAAUAUAGAACCGUAUUGGCCUUGCCAUAAGCUUAAUGUUUAGUAUUUCUUGUCCCUUCACCAUUGAUUCAACAACACUUUCCAUAUUUCACACUCUGUGAAUUUGCUCCUUUUGCUAGAUUCUUGAUUAAUGAAAAGAAAUUUUACUGUGUA